CCUCAGGACCUUCUUGGCUGUGGUUAGAAGGAAGGGCGUCAUUUUCAAAGAUUUUUCUAACUAACUGCUUUCUGUUGUCUUGACGCUGGGGGAAAACAGUUUACUGGACGAGAAGGAAAUGGAAAACCUCGACUUUUCAGAGGAAGAAAUCCAAGAGCAGUUGGCUGUGCUGGGAUACACCAACAUAACCAAAGAAAGACUGCGUGAAUUCAAACAAGAUCUUGACUUGCUGAUUCGGCAUGAAAAGUCCAGGAGCAGCACUUCGGCUGAGCGGAGCUCGCCAGAAUCUCACCGCAGUUCGAGCAAGAGUCCACCAGCCUUUACUAAAGAGAAAGUCCAGGUACCUGGUGCUGGUUCCAAGUACAGCUACAUUUACUCCAGUAACAGGGCAGCAGAUCAGCACAGACAGGUUCUGACGUCAAUAUUUGACGAUGAAAACCGUGACUCUUACAUAAAGCACUCAGUGGCUCCCAGAUGCAUGAGACCCUCUACAGCUCCCAACAGGCUCGAGGUCGAGGACGCGUCCUCCGACGUUUACCCUUCGGUCCUGGGUGCCGGUGAACCUGUGAGGCAACAGCGAGACCUUCACACUAAUGCGAAACCAGCUCUCAAGAGAAAAGUACUAAGGAAGCACAGGGGACAUUCUCAGGUGUGUGAUGAGUCUACAUACAGUGAAGACUCUGAGCCAGUAAGUGAGAUGGAAGAGCGCUUGGACCACCUACGCGUGUCUGCUCCUCACGCGCGUCAUGACUCGUACUCCGAGAGCGAGGAGACGGGCAGCUACAGUGACAGACGCAGCUCCGCGACAGUGGAACUGCCCAGUGCUUUUCAGUUCUACAUUAAAGGCAUGACAAGAUCACGCAGCGAGAAUGACAUCAGGCCUCGUCCCAAAUCAUUUAUUCGUCCAGUUAUGGAUCAUCCACAUACGAGAAACCUGAAAAAAAGCGAUCCUGUUGCAAAGUAUUUCCAGUACAAGCAUGAGUGGGAGACGUUUAAGGCCGCUGGAGAGAUCCGCCGCAAAGAGCUCCACUGGGCCAUCAGGGAUCAACUCGCAUACCAGCCUCCGCCUCCAAAGCCUCAGCGAACAUACAUCCCCAACACGUAUGUGGUGCCGACGGAAAAGAAGCGUUCUUCCUUGCGGUGGGAAAUCCGCCACGAUUUGGCGAACGGCAUAAUUCCAGCAAAAGCAACCUACCUGUAACGUGACAUAAGGACUACAUGACUUUAACGUCCAGGUCACAUUUUUAAAGGUUUUUAUUUAUUUAAUAAUGAAUGUUAUUUUUCCCCGUCCUGUGAGUUGUACGUUCGAAAUGAAUGGCAUAUUGAACAGCGAUUAUGAAAUAAAUGUUUUUAAUACA